AUGUGGCACCAGUUUGCCCAGCAGCCGGCUUCCUACGAGCGCAAGCUGUAUUACACGUUUGGGCGCACUCUGGGCGCGGGCACGUUUGGCGAAGUGAAGGAGUCGAUAUUCAACCCGGAUGGGCGCAAGGUGGCCAUCAAGGUGAUCAAGAAGACGGCGCUGAACGGCGACGACAUGAUGGUGCGCAAGGAGAUAGACGUGGUGGGCCACCUGCACCACCCGCACAUCGUCAAGCUGCUUGACUGGUUCGAGUCCAAGGACAAGUACUACCUGGUGUUCGAGCUGUGCACGGGCGGCGAGCUGUUUGAGAAGAUCUGCAAGUACGGGCACUUCUCCGAGAGCGACGCGGUCCGGCUCAUCCGCACCGGGUUCGAGUCGCUGGCGUACCUGCACCAGCACAACAUUGUCCACCGCGACAUCAAGCCCGAGAACUUCAUUUUCCGCGACGACACGCCGGAUGCGCCGCUGAUGCUGGCAGACUUUGGCAUUGCGCGGAUCAUGCGCAGCGACGACGAGGUGCUGACGACAGUGUGCGGGUCGUUUGGGUAUGCGGCGCCCGAGGUCCUGAUACGCCAGGGCCACGGCAAGGCAGUGGAUAUCUGGUCGAUGGGCGUGGUCACGUUCUCGACGCUGUGCGGAUACUCGCCGUUCUGGCGCUUCGAGGACCCGAACUCGCUCAUCCAGGCGAUGCAGGCAGGCAACAUUGAGUUUGACGAGCGCUACUGGUGGGGCAUCUCGGCCGAGGCCAAGGACUUCAUCAGGCGCUGUCUGAGCCCCAACCAGCACGAGCGCAUGACUGCCGAGCAGGCGCUGAAGCACCCGUGGCUGGCAGGUGCCAGCGUGUCGACGCGCGACCUGCUGCCCGACGUCAUCGAGAACUUCAAUGCCAAGAAGACUCUGCGCCGCGCUGUCAUGAAGAUCCAGGCCGUCAACCGCCUGCGCAAACUGAGCCACAGCUCGUCCAACUCGUCGGACGACGCACCCCCCGCCGACCUCGCUCAGAGGAUAAGCGACCCCGUCGCGCCCGCCCAGCAGAGCAUCCCGGGCGGCUGGAACAGCCAGCUGUCGUAA